AUGACGCCAACUUUCCCUGACAAUGCUUGUGCGUGGAAGCUUUGUGCCUAUGAGCCAAAAGCUGCCAGAUCUGUAGGCAUUGCUCAAACGCAUCAUUUGUCCUCCUGGCGUUACUGGAAACCUCCGCCAAAGCACAAAAAUUUGCAGCUGGGGCUCAAAGUUGGCAUCUUGGCAAAGCAGUACCUUGAGCGAGGCCUUCUGGUGCCGGACCACGUCAUCACGCGGGUGAUGAUGACGGAGCUGGAGAAGCGGCGAGAGCAGCACUGGCUGCUCGAUGGUUUCCCUCGGACGCUGGGACAAGCCGAGGCGCUGGACAGGAUCUGCGAGUUGGACCUGGUCAUCAGCUUGAACAUACCCUUCGAGACGCUGAAGGAUCGCCUGAGCGCCCGCUGGGUCCAUCCAGCCAGCGGGAGGGUGUACAACAUGGACUUCAACCCUCCCCAUGUCCAGGGCGUCGAUGACCUGACGGGCGAGCCGCUGGUCCAGCGCGAGGACGACAAACCCGAGGCUGUUGCUGCCAGGCUCAGAAAAUACAAAGAUGCUGCAAAGCCAGUAAUAGAGUUGUACAAGAGCAGGGGCAUCCUUCACUCCUUCUCGGGGACAGAGACCAACAAGAUCUGGCCGUACGUAUACACCCUGCUUUCCAGCAAGAUCCCACCCGUUCUUUCGGACGAGGAGAACUAA